AUGAGUAAUUGUUCCUAUCAAACUUCUAAUUGUAAUCAUUUAUCAUUUCAUUGUCUUAGUGGUGAAUUAUUAUGGGGUCAAUUACAUUGUAUCUGUGAAGGUUAUUACAAUCGUCUCCAUAAUCAAUAUGAUAUUCCUCAAUCUAUACCUGAACCAUUGAAAGGAGGAACAAUAUUACGGCGUUCAUAUCAAUAUCGAUGUCGAGCUGCUAAAGGUGACUGGCAAGCUAAAUUAUAUCGUACUCGAUUGACUUUGAAAUCUGAAUCAUUUAAUUCAGGCUAUAUUAUCUAUAAUAUUCAUCAUAAUCCAGUUGAAAUAUUACGACGUUGUGCUGCUGUUGGUAAAUCUCUUCAUCAAUCCCACAAUGAUCUUAGUAUUAUAUAUAUUAAUAGAUAUGAUUGGUCCGGGCAUCAUCAUUAUAAAUUCGAAUCUGAGAUUAAUCAAUUAUUAGGGAUUGAUAAUAGCAAUUCGGAUGAUGAUUAUUCAUUGAAAAGGUUAUUUGGUGGUCAUGUAAUGAUUAUUGAUUCGAAUUCAGCUAUGAAUAUUAUUCAACAACUGAAAUCCAAUCCUACUGUACUUGAUCAAUCUCCAGAAAAAGUAUUUAUUCAAAUCCGUAAUGAAUCGAAUAAUCGAGUUGGAUUACAUUUAUCAAUUCCUAAUACCGAAUAUGAAUUCGCAUGGUUAGUAUUCAAUAGUGAUCAGCCUAAUGCAGAGUUAAUUGGAAUAGUCUAUGAUGGAAGUUAUACUCUGUUAGAAGGUCAAAUUAUACUCGAUCAAGAAGAUGUCGUCAGUUGGAAUGAAUACGAAUCAAAGAGACAAGAACAAGCCCGUAUCGAAGCCGAUCUCUGGAAGAAAUUUCAGUCUGAUGCUGAACAGCAAGAUGAUGCUGAUAUUCGCACAAUAAUGAAUAAUCGUGGCAAUAAGACUGUCGAACAAUUAGCGAAUGAAUUUAUUGCACAGGGAUUUACAUUUCAUAAUAGUACUGAAAUAGUACUGAAAUACAGUGAAGAGUAUAAAGAUUUUCAAUCAGUCGUUGAUACCAUACAAAAAAAAUUAGCGGAACGUACCAACAAUAAUAAUUUAUUCGGACAACCUGCCGGAAUUACAGAAACAUAG